AUGGCGAGUCUGCGCGUGGACCCUGCCUGGGCUCUCCACCCUCGGGCAUUCCUUCAUUCGAAAAAGAAAAGAGCUCCUGUUCUUCCUCCUUCCGUCUCUUCUUCCCUCGCUUCGCACAGACCUCGAGACCGGCCGCCACUCGACGUCGCCUCCUCGUCCCCCCCUCUCUCCCUUCCUCUCUCCCUUCCUCUCUCGCCUUUGUCCAGUUCCUCGUUUGCUUCUCCGACCGUCUCUCCUCUGUUCCGGAGAUCUCCGCUCCCCUGUUCUCUCUUCUCGCCUGCGCCAGCAGCUGGAAGCCACCGCGCCCUCAGAGUUGGCGCGUCGACCGUCUCGACUGCAUGCAGCGGAGACAGAGGCGACUGUCCAGCGAGAGCUCCAGCCGAGGCGAGAGACGCACGACCUCUUCUAGCUGGAAAACAUGCCGGCGAAUUCAGAAGAAAUCUUCUGCUGCCUCUGAUAUGUACUCGCACUCCUCCUGUCGGCGACGAGGCCUGGGCGACGCAGUUCAAGGACCUCCAGGGAAAACGCGAAGGCCGAGCGGCGGCGCUGUGGCUGCAAGCAGUAGCCGAGACCGCCUCGCCGCUCUCAGUUCUCCUAGCGGCCUCGGCAUUGCAAGAGCGCAAGUGGUUGCUCGGCGAAGGCGAGGAGGCUGCGUCGUUGAAUGCGAAGAAGGAAAACUCGAAGAAGAGCUGUGUAGCUUUGCAGCGAAUCCAGGAAACGCUCCUGCGCAACGCCCACAGCUUCUCGGACGCCUUCUUCGUCCGCACACUCAAACUUCUCUUCUCCCCCGCCUUCGCUCUCGCCGCCAGCGAACGCGCUCUGCUGGUGACUCAGCUCGACCAACGGCUCACUUCGAUGCAUGCGUCUCUCCUCCCACAGGUCGCUUCUGCACUUACGCAAAACCGUGCGAGUCGCAACGCUGCCCUUUCAGCAUCUGCCUUCUCUUCUUCUUCGAUCUCUUCAUCUUCUGCUUCGAGUGCUUCUUCUCCUUCUGCUUCUUCUCCUUCUGCUUCUUCUCCUUCUGCUUCUUCUCCUUCUGCUUCUUCUCCUUCUGCUUCUUCUCCUUCUGCUUCUUCUACUUCUGUUUCUUCACCUUCUUCUCCGUCGCCUCGAGAGGACUUCGUCCGUCGGCGUCUGUUUGCCCGGCUUCUUCCGUUGCUUCUCUCCGACGCCCGAGACAGUCUGUUCUCUCCGCUCGCUCCUGCUUCCCUCUUCUCUUCUUCUUCUCCCGCGUCGCAUGUUCCGUGUCUGUCUGGAGAGACGGCUCUGGGCUCUGAGGCCUCGCUCGAGACUUUCCGGACUUCCGAACGCGUCACGGCCUGCGUUGCGAGUUGUGGAAGGCUUCUGCCUCUUUCAGUCGAGCAGCGGAUGGACCUGAAAGGCCUUCUGAAGGCGCUGGUGCGCGACGUCCGCGAGAGACGCCCAGCGAAGAGGACCGGGGAAGACGCGGAACAAGCUGUUGCGUCUCUACGCAGCGAACGGCGGCGAAUCGCGUCCGAGACACACACAUCCCUGGAGUCUUCUCUCGAGCGAAAACAAGGAGCAUGUGAACAGAGGAAAAGAGAAAGUGAAGCGCCCGACGUCGAGGUCGAGAGAGGCCAAAUCAACGCGUGGAUCCACAUGACAGAACUUCCCUCAAAAUCGGGUCCAGACGGGAAGUACAUCUCCUCAGCAACUUCCUCGCCUUCCAGCUUCUCCUCUCCAACUUCUACCUCGUCGUCUUCUGCUCCUUCGACUUCGGCUGGUGAAGCUGCGUUCUCUGCAGCCUCUGAGUCGUUCGCAUCUCCCCUGGCUCCCCCAGUGUCGCCUUCCGUUCCUCUCUCGUCGGAAGCGUCUGAGGGCUCCUCUGCAGAUCCUGAGGUCGCCCAGCGCGUCCGCGAGGCGCAGCUGGCGGGAGAAUUGCUGCAUCUGCCACUGGCGAUGGCGGCGCUCGGCUCUGCAGACGCUUUGCUCUUUUUUGACUGCGUGGAAGGAGUCUACAAAUUUCUUCCGCGAUACUCCGACGCCCAGCUGGCGACCUUCUGUCGCCGCGCCGCGCUUGUCCAGUUCGAGAAAAAGGAUGAAACACAGCCCGUUGACGGCUUCCAUCUCUUCACACUUUUUCUCCUCGACCGCAUGCCGACGAUGUCUCCACCUCGUCAGGAGAAACUUGCCGCUGUCUUGGCCGCGUUUGUGGGGAACUGUCCACCCCACCUUGCAGCUUCUCUCUCCCUCCUCGCGUCGUCGUUUCUCAUUCACAUGCAUCCCAAUGUCAUCCGAGGCACCGGCAACCUGUGGAGCGGGGUGGAUCCUCUGAACGCGCCUUCUCGCCGUUUUCCUCUCGCGAUCUCGAACGCGACGUUUGCGACUCUCAUGUCUCAUCUUUCGCGCAUCUCCUCUCUCUUUCUGUCGCCUGCCGCGUCGCUGUCCUCUUCGUCUUCCUCUUCCUCCGUGGAGACAAAGAAGCUCCUGGCCGCCCUACGUGUCUACCGGCGCAGCCUGGAGCGCGCUUCCCAGGAGAGAAGCGUCCUCGCUUCCUUGCAUGCAUGCGACUUAAUCAAUCUCCUUGAAGCGACGCUGCGGCUCAAGCACCUCGCGAUUCGCGCGCCAGACGGCAAAGCCAAGCCUGGCGUGGACGACGACGCAGGCGAGGCCUCAGAGCAGAUGGCUCGCGUCUUCACUGAUCUCCUCAGUGCGCUGCACAAGAAGGCGUCCUCCCUCACAGUCGGCGACGCGGAGGCGCUUCUGGGAGUCCUGAACCUUCUCGGCCAACGUUCAGUUUCCCCGAAGAAAUCGAAAACUGUAUCACGGCCUGUGUCUGUCUCGCCUGCCACAGCUGGCCUCCUCGCGCGCCUCCUCCACAUCGCCAUCACCCGCCCAGAGAAACGAGACAGACCUUCUUCAGUUCAUGUCUCGUCCGGUUCUCCAGUGAAUGCUUUAGUUCAUUCCGACGCACUGCAGGGACCGCAGAUCUUCCCUGAACUUCAGGCAAACGUCGCGAGUCCUCAGGAGCGGCUCUGGACAGACACGGUGCCGACGCGCGGGCAAGAAAGUCUCCUCAGUGUCAGGCCGCUCUCGUUCACUCAGUUUCUGUCGGAGACAUCCAGAGGCACUUCGGGACUUGCAGGCCUCGGCGACGAGCGCAUCAAACAGCUUCGCGCGGCGCUGCAAAUCCUUCUUCCUAGACCUCUCGAAGUCUUCAAAUCUAGCGGCUUGCCUGACGACGUCCUCGCGCUGCUGCUCUUCUCGGUCGAGGCAACCUCAUGGCUGCUCAGCGAAGUCGGGGCUCUCCGGACUUCCUUUUCUCGCUCCGCGGCCGCGCUGUCGCGGUUUGCGAGUCCGCGGCUCUCUGGCGUCUCGUUGGACGAAGGCGAAGAAGCAGAAGAAAAGGAAGAAGGAGAGAGUGAAGAAGCGAACGGCAGAGAAGCUGCUGCUCUGAUGCUCUUCGGGAUCACGCGGCAGACUCUGGCAGGGGCGUUCGGAGUCUGUGGUAUGAUGCUCGAGGAGAUGCAGGCGAAAGACAGAAGAAGGACUCAAGUGGUUGGCCUGACCUCUCGCUUGGCGCGUCUGCUCCCGGCAGACAUCGCAGCCUCGACCGACCGGCGAUACGUCACCGAGGCGCUUCUCCGGACUCUGCCGGCCGACGUCGAGUCGCUCCGACUUGCGUGCGUUGCGCUGCUCGGACUGAGGGCGGUUCGGCGGCAGGAGACGCUUUUAGAAAAGACGAAACGCCGCAAGGAGAAGAGGAGACAGAACGCACUGCGUUUGGAAGUGCAGAGAAAGGCAGAAGACGCGGAAGGAGCGCUCGACGAAAACAGACAUCUUCAAGAAAGCUAA